CCCAUACUGUCGUCUCUUCUUCUCCCUCACGUCUCGGACCCGUCUCCCUCACAGCUUCUCUUUUGCGCCCCACCUCUCCUUUCUCUCACCGGCGUGGACGCGCAGGACUACACGAACGCGCCACCGGAUAACCCCGCGGCCCACCGCCGGAAUACAGCUCCGUCGCUGUACCUCGCAAAGACGCCGCGUCUGCACCAUAGGCUCGAGGCUUAACCCUACCCCCCGCCCCCUACACCCGGAGGAGGCCGCGACGGCGGCGGCGGCGCGAUGCUGUUCCAGGUGGGAGGACAGGGCGCACGGCCCACCUUCUUCGAGAUGUCCGCGGCGCAGCAGCUCCCGACCAGCCUCCGCGCGGCGCUCUCCUACUCGCUCGGGGUUUUUGCACUAAGGAGGCCAUUCUUGCAUAAAGUUUUAGAUUAUGAAGACGAAUUCUUUGCUUUGUUAAUGUCUGUUCUUGAGUCCCAUAGUCUACGAACAACAGAUGGUUCCUUUUCAGAGUCGUUAUAUGGUCUCAGGCGGAGACCUGUUAACGUUUCAGUGAACAGAAGUAAUCCUGGUGCAGAAUCUAAUGUCAAAGCCUAUGACUCUGCACUAAGGAAGCGUCAGAAAACUCUCUCUGUUGUAUUUUUGGUUGUUUUACCAUAUUUCAAGUCAAAGUUGCAGUCCGUAUAUAACAAAGAAAGAGAAGCAAGAUUGCAGGCAAGCCUAUGGGAUCAGGGUGAGGUUAGAUUCGAUGAAGCUGGCUUUGUAUCAGAUCAACAAGGGGAGACUUCUCAAGCACAAGUUGAGACUACAGCUGGAGAAGUGUCACAUCUCACGCGCCUUAGGACCAAUUUUGCGGCAGUAAUAGGUGUUUGUUAUCCAUGGAUUCAUGCGACCCAUGAAGGCCUUUCGUUUGCUUACCAGUUGCUGUAUUUGUUGGAUGCUACUGCAUUUUACAGUCCAGGACUUCAUGUGCUUGGACUUCAUGUUUGUCGUGCUACUGGACAAGAGCUGAUGGAUUCAUCUUCUAGGAUAUCAAGAAUUAGAAGUCGUGAACUCGAGAGACUUCGUGGUCCUCCAUGGUUAAAGACUGUCCAAAGGGUGCUCCUUAAUUGCACGUACACAACACUAGAUUAUGCACAAACUGGUUUAAUUGCUGCGGUCUUCUUUUUCAAGAUGAUGGAGUGGUGGUAUCAAUCUGCCGAAGAAAGAAUGUCAGCUCCGACUGUAUACCCCCCACCUCCUCCGCCGCCGCUACCAAAGGUUGCUAAAGAUGGACUUCCCUUGCCAACUGACAGGACGCUGUGCCCCCUGUGCUGCCAAAAGCGCAACAACCCGUCUGUUCUUUCUGUUUCUGGUUUUGUGUUCUGCUACAGUUGCAUAUUCAAGUCUGUCUCUCAGCAUAAAAGAUGUCCUGUGACAUUGAUGCCUGCCACCGUUGAGCAAAUCAGGCGUCUCUUCCAUGAUUUAUAGCUCGAAUAGACACGGUUCAACUAAAGGAAGUAGCUUAUAUGGGCUUAAGGCAGCUAGGGACUCUGGGCCGAGAAGAAGCUUUUCCUGCAUUCCUGUUGAUGCAGAGGUCAGACCAGAGACAGUUUCUGCUUCCACGUGAUAUACAUGCAGCUUUUGUGCCAUUUUUGUUGUUUGUUGGAACUUCAACAGAGAUUUAGACCGUGUAAUAAUUCCUGCUAGGUGAUUAUUGAAUUGAUUUAGUAAAGGGGGUUUGAUUGAAUUGGUCCUUAUUCAUUUCCGGGCAGUUUGAAUUUGUGCAAAUGUCAUAUCUGCCUUCUAAUUUCUGUUAAAAGGGGCUUUUAAUUUGAUAUAGACGUGUGUCAAGUUCAAAUUUGACACAUAGUAGCUUUGAGUGUAAUCUGAAGGUUUAUUCAAAUUUAGUGAGUUUAAACACUUGGA